CUGGCCGGCUCGCCUCAAGGGCGAAUAAUGUUGGCCUAGGUGCGAACCUGGGGAAGGAAUGAGAUCGUGACGGGUGGGAUUGCCCCGCGCCAUCGAGCGAUGGCGCAAUUGCGUGCUCUGAGCCUCACCCCACUCUCGCCCCCAAAGCAAACACACACGACUGGAAGGACACCCCGCCAUCCGUAGCAAAAAUUGACACACGGCGGCAUGGCCAGGGCGCUUUCGGGUUGAAGAGCACAGCGUGGAGAUCGGCUAGUCGAGAACCGGCGUCGCGGCGCAUGGGGAGGGAAAGGGAGAAGUAGAAAUAGGCAACCCAGUCGCCAGUAGCGGUUCCUGUCCCUUUCGCUCGUCCCGUCUUCGUCUUGCCAGUUCCCAUCCCGCACCUUCCUUGUGGCCGAAACCCUCCCCUCCUUUCGAACAAACAGAGCUACUCCUGCUGCUUCUGCAUUUGUGAUACCCGCCGAUACCCUUUUUCACGUUCAAAAAUCGAAUUGGUCACCAUGGCUGCUCCUCACAAGUUCGAGACGCUCCAGCUCCAUGCAGGGCACGAGCCCGACACGGCUACCAAUUCGCGGGCUGUUCCCAUCUACGCCACCACCAGCUACGUCUUCAAUGACUCGGCUCACGGCGCCCGCCUCUUCGGGCUCAAGGAGUUCGGCAACAUCUACUCCCGGAUCAUGAACCCAACGGUGGACGUUUUCGAGAAGCGGAUCGCCGCUCUCGAGGGCGGUAUUGCUGCGGUGGCCGCCUCGUCCGGCCAAGCCGCGCAGUUCAUGGCCAUCGCGACGCUCGCACACUCGGGCGACAACAUUGUGUCUACCUCCAACCUGUACGGCGGCACCUACAACCAGUUCAAGGUCCUCUUCUCGCGCUUCGGCAUCAGAACAAAGUUCGUCAACGGCGACAGCCCCGAGGACAUCAAGGCGGCCAUCGACGACAAGACCAAGGCCGUCUACAUUGAGAGCAUUGGCAACCCGCGCUACAACGUGCCCGACUUCGAGGCCAUUGCCAAGGUCGCCCACGACGCGGGCGUACCGCUUGUGGUCGACAACACCUUCGGUGCCGGCGGCUACUUUGUGCGCCCGAUCGAGCACGGCGCCGACAUUGUGGUGCACUCGGCGACCAAGUGGAUCGGCGGGCACGGCACCACCGUGGCGGGCGUCAUCGUCGACAGCGGCAAGUUCGACUGGGGCAAGCACGCCAAGCGGUUCCCGCAGAUGGUCGAGCCGUCGGAGGGCUACCACGGGCUCAAGUUCUGGGACACGUUCGGCCCAAUCACCUUCGCCAUCCGCGCGCGCGUCGAGAUCCUGCGCGACCUGGGCGCCUGCCUGAACCCCUUCGCCGCCCAGCAGCUGCUGCUCGGCAUCGAGACGCUGUCGCUGCGCGCCGAGAGGCACGCCCAGAACGCGCUGGCCCUGGCGCGCUAUCUCGAGAAGAGCGAGUACGUCUCGUGGGUGUCUUACCCGGGGCUCGAGAGCCACCAGUCGCACGAGACGGCCAAGAAGUACCUCAAGCGCGGCUUCGGCGGCGUGCUGAGCUUCGGCGUCAAGGGUGGCGGCGCGGCCGGUAGCCAGAUCGUCGACGGCUUCAAGCUCAUCUCCAACCUGGCCAACGUCGGCGACUCCAAGACGCUGGCCAUCCACCCCUGGACCACGACCCACGAGCAGCUCACCGACGAGGAGAAGAUCAGCUCGGGCGUCACCGAGGACCUCAUCCGGAUCUCGGUCGGCACGGAGCACAUUGACGACCUCAUUGCCGACUUUGAGCAGUCGUUCAAGGCGGCCGCGGCGGCGACGACGCAGGGCGACGGCGGCGCCGUGGCCGACAGGACCAAGUCCGAGCAGGCGCCAACUGUUGUUUAAUUGGUCUUGUAGCCUUUGUUUGCAAUGCUUAAUGAAAGUGAAUGUUGGAAUGACCCACUAUACUUCGAAGCGUGACCAAACUGUGCAUCUCGGUGUGUCGAGGCAGUGUUGUGUAGCUGUGAAGGAAGCUCUUACUGCCUGACAGAUUACAGUACGCAGUGCUGCUCUGUAGCAGGAAGCUGGGCUUCCCCCCUGUAUGGAGUAUAUACGGAUUACAUAUUUACAUACAUACAUACA